UGAUCAGCUGUGUCCAAUUACAACUGAUCACAUGGCACUGAUGAUCAGUGUGCCCUGAUGAUCAGUGUAGCCCCAGCAGCGCCACCAGUCAGUGUCUAUCAGUGCCUUGUGUCAGUGCUCAUCAGUGCCACAUCAAUGCCACAUAUCAGUGCCCAUCUGAGCUGCCUUUCAGUGUCACCCAUCAGUGCCAGUCAGUGCCACCUAUCAAUGCCAAUCAGUGCCACCUAUCAGUGCUGCCAAUCAGUGACACCUAUCAGUGCCAGUCAGUGCCGCCUAUCAGUGCGCAUUAGUGCCACCUAUCAGUGCCGCCUAUCAGUGCCAGUCAGUGCCACCUAUCAGUGCCAGUCAGUGCCGCCUAUCGGUGCCAUAUAUCAGUGCCAUGUAUCAGUGCUGCCUUUCAGUGCCCAUCAGUGAUGCCUGUCAAUGCCCAUCAGUGCCACCUACCAGUGCCUCCUCAUCAAUG